AUGGCCGCCCCGUUCUCGUCCCCACUUCCUCCACUUCAGUCAACCCCGCACCGACAUCGGAAACGCGUCUCAGUUUCCAGACUUUCUUCCGAUACAAUCGCAUCUCUCCCCCCUUACAGGUCCAUUGCCUUAAGUCGUGACUCGUCAGAACAGCCGCCAGAUUAUCCGGAUAGCGCUGAAGAAGCAGACGAGGAGACAGACGACCAGGUCCCUCAGUUGCUUUCGCCACCCAUUUCGCCCCGACCGAGGCGGCGUAAACUCCUAAGAACUGUCUCACAGCCACGGACAGCUAAUUUCUACGGAAAUCCGUCGAGUCAAUCUGAUAUAUUUCUGGAUAGAAUACUUGAGCGAUCUGUUGCUGCGCUCGAGCUGAGUAACAGCUUGCUCCAGUCGUCUAUGUCCACACAAUCCUCUCUGAGUACUGUCUUCUCGCCGGAGCUGUCAUCACCAGAACAACUGCUCGAUUACCGUGCACGUCAAUUAACGGAUCGCAUACACAACAACCACGGGAUGCACGAGCGGUGGAUGGAUGACUUAGAUAUUCUCACACGAGACGUUGAAGCACUCCAUGACGAAGAGCCGCAUUAUAGUACAGGGGUGGGACGAGUAAAUGUGCCCGGACGUCUUAAAGUCCCGCAUGAUACGUCGGAUGCGGCAGUCAGCAGGAGUUUACCUUCUGCCUCUUGUUUACCACGAAAAUCGCGACGUCGAUCUUCCUUUGACCUGCGCAACCGCGGAACCUCAGACUGCGGACGACUGCGCCUAACUUCAGAUCAACGUGCAUUGUCGGCCCCGGCUCCUCGAGCGAUGACGCAGUAUGUUAACGCGAAUGCCGAUCUUGGAGACUUGCUCGAGUCUUCCUCCGACGUGUCAUCAAUCCUUCUCCCGUCCACGAACGGACUUCGGUCCUCUUCUACAGUGUCCAACUUCAGUUCUCCCUCAUUAACAACCCUUUCACCACCUCCUGCUUGUUCUUCCGCAUAUGCAUCUUUAGCUCGGCAAGCAAGUCGAUCCCCGUCCCGGUCUCCAAGCGCAUCUGGGUCGUCCAGCAGGACAUAUCGCCAGCGUUCUCGUUCUCGUUCCUCCAACCAACCACCAUCGCCGCAUUUGUUACCCCGUAUCAUCCCACCACCAAUUCUUGAGUUGCCAUCGCAAUCCGAUUCAUCGAGCUCUGAUAGUCCACAUCCCUCACGUACACUGGAGUCGCUGCGCAAGAUAUUAGACGAACAACCCCCAAUGUCUUCAGAAUCGAAAGAUGCAAAGGGUAAACACCCUGAGGGAAAGUCGUCUCGCCCACCCCCAGCUUUCUUGCCCCGGUCUCCGCCUGUCGGGCCGGUAUCAAGUACAUCUACGACGACGACGAGCAUCUCUCGACUUUACACGAAAGGAUCACACUCUACUUCCACCCGACCACGCUCCCCUCCACGUCAAUCGUCUCUUAAACAUCGGCCGCCUCCUUUGGACACUGUCCCAAGUGCAUCUACAACAAGUAUAUCAUCGCUGCGUAGUCCAGUAUCAAAAUUGUCGAGUACAACGUCCUCGGGUCGUUCAACGCCUCGGUCUGUUGCGUUUGGCCCAUUACCAGAACCGAUUCGGCCUGAAGGCGCUCCAAGUCGAUUUAAGGAACAGCGUGAAGCCAAGGCAAAAUCAAAAGCGCGCUCUCGAUCGGGUUCACGAAGUGGGAAGGACCGGAAAGGAAGCGGGAAAAAUUCGAGUGGAAAGGAGAAGGACGAGGAAAGUAGUUGGUGGACGACGUGGUUGACUGGUGGGAGUGCGUUGAGCAUGAGUGCGUCGAGGAAUGAGGAGCGAGUUGAGGAUCGGAUGGCGAGAUCGUGGGGACGGCCGGGUAUGGGAGUUGGGUUUGAUGAUUGGCCUGUCUAAAAUGGCUGAGAUCGAGGACGGAUUUAAUUAAAGAGGAAGGAGGUCUGCUGGCUGGACAUAAAUUUUGUGUCUUUAUGCACUGUAUGCAUGAAGGUAUAGCUUUUUCUGUUAAAAUUCAUCUUUAUCUGGACGAUAAUGAUUUGUUUUUGCUUUACGACGUGACAUGACCUAUCUCUCGUCCACUAUUCUCUAUUCCUGUUUCUUUCAUUAUUUGUAUCACUAUACUCCAUUACAUGUUUCUCUCACUCUUAUAUUCGAUUCUGUUUCUUGAUUUUCAGACUCUCUCUUUCGUCUGAUUCCUCUUUGUUUCUUGUCUCUGUCUCGAUAAAAACAUUCCUUUUGUUCAUUUUCUUUUUGGACGUUCAAUUCGAC